AUGACCUCCCCUGCACUGGAUGUAGGCAAGUCGCCGGCCGAGAAAGAUGCUGCGAAGCACGACGAGGAGUCGCACAAUCCCACCGGCAUCAAGGGGCAUCUCAAACACCCGUUCCCCGGCUUACGCGAGAAGCUCAAGAACACGCACCUGUACGACCUGAAAGUCGAGGCCACGCACCUCAAGCACAAACUCGGCAAGGUCGGCAACCUAAUCAAUCCCAAUCACCGCCAUGACGAGGAGCACGAGAAACGCACCGACGAGAAGCGCACGAAGAUCGCCGAGAGCCACCGUUUCCAGAGUUUUGCGCCGGAGCACGAUGGCAAUCUGAUCAAGUGGUAUGUCGACGGCCGCGACUAUUUCUGGGCUGUUUCCGUGGCUCUGGAGCGCGCAAAGGAGACCAUCUACAUUGAGGACUGGUGGCUGUCGCCCGAGCUAUUCCUUCGCCGCCCGCCCUACUACAAUCAGGAAUGGCGCCUCGACCAGGUGCUGAAGCGUCGCGCCGAGGCUGGUGUCAAGAUCUAUGUCAUUGUGUACAAGGAAGUCAACCAGGCUCUCACCUGCAACAGCGCGCACACCAAGCACGCCUUGCGGAACCUGUGCCCGGAGGGCUCGCCCGGCCAUGGCAACAUCCAUGUCAUGCGCCACCCCGACCACAACAUGUUCGAGAAUCUCGGCGACAUGACCUUUUACUGGGCUCAUCACGAGAAAUUCAUCGUCAUCGACUACAAUCUCGCUUUCAUUGGCGGUCUUGAUCUUUGCUUUGGUCGUUGGGACAACAAGCAGCAUCAGAUGGCGGACGUGCACCCCGGCGGUGUCCAGCACGAAAUCUUCCCCGGUCAGGACUUCAACAACAACCGCAUCAUGGAUUUCCAGUCUGUCGAGGAUUGGAAGUCGAAUGAGCUCUCCAAGGCCGACUAUGGCCGCAUGCCUUGGCACGACGUAGCCAUGGGCGUCAUUGGGCCUUGCGUCUAUGACAUUGCCGAGCACUUUAUCCUGCGGUGGAACUUCAUCAAGCGUGACAAGUACAAGCGCGACAAGCGCUUUGACUGGCUUACCCUUGAGGGCAGAGAGGGCGAGGACGAAGACUUGGUUGCUGUGCAGCGUCCCAAGUUCCCUGUCGGAGAAUAUAUCCACCAUCCGCUCAGUCCGCUCAAGACGAAGCCGCUGGACGGUACGCAAGGCACUGUGCACGCGCAGGUCGUCAGGAGCAGUGGCGAUUGGAGCAGUGGAAUUCUGGUGGAACACAGCAUCCAGAACGCGUACUGUGAGGUCAUCAGAAACGCCGAGCAUUUCGUGUAUAUUGAAAAUCAAUUCUUCAUUACCGCCACCGGAGAUCAACAAUCCCCGAUCCACAAUCAGAUUGGCAAGGCCAUAGUCGAUGCAUGCGUUAGGGCCGGUAAAGAAGGCAGAAAGUUCAGAGUCAUCAUCCUCAUUCCCGCCAUCCCUGGCUUCGCUGGAGAUCUUCGUAGCGACGCGGCCACAGGAACCCGGGCAAUUAUGGACUACCAGUUCAAAUCGAUCAACCGUGGAGAGAAUUCUAUCAUGGGUCAGAUCAAGAAAGCAGGCUAUGACCCCACUCAGUACAUAUUUGUCUUCAACCUCCGCUCGUUCGACCGCCUCAACACUACUCCUGCGAUGAAGAGGCAAGAAGAGCAAUCUGGAGUGAAAUAUCAGGAUGUUCAGCGUGCUCAGGCAGACGAGAUCAUGUCUAGCGGCGUUCACGGAACCAAGGGUGACUCCAGCAGUGAGGGCGGGUUCAACUCGGACAGCGAUGAUGAGGCGAAGAAAGAGGUUGCGGAACGUAGACGCCGCUUUGAGGCGGAAAGAGAGAAUGUUGGCUUGAUGAAGGAUGGCAAAGAGAACGUUCUCAGCGCUGACACGCUCGCACAUGCCGCCAUGAAGGAUGGAAAGAAGGUUUCCGAGGAGCCAUGGGACCCUGAGGAUCCGGAUUCGGAGAAGAACAACUUCGUUCAGGAGGAGCUGUACAUCCACGGAAAGCUCUUGAUCGUUGAUGACAGAAUUGUCAUUUGCGGAAGUUCCAACAUCAACGACCGCUCUCAGCUUGGCUACCACGACUCGGAACUCAGUAUCGUCAUGGAGGAUACGGACAAGAUUGACUCUAUGAUGGAUGGUAAACCCUACCAGGCUGGACGUCACGCGGCAACGCUUCGCCGCAUGCUCUGGCGCGAGCAUCUGGGUCUUCUUGAGGCCCAGGAGUUUGACGCCUCUAACGACCCUAACGCGCAGCCUCCGGGAGACUGCCCCAAUGACAUCAAGGAUGAUGACCCGAGCUACGAAUUCGUGGCCGAUCCCCUCAGUGACUCGGUCUGGGAUAUGUGGACUGGAAGGGCAUCCCACAACACGGAAAUCUUCCGCGACCUCUUCCAUGCCGACCCUGAUGAUAACAUCAAAACUUUCGACGACUACGCCAGAUUCCUGCCGCCGAUGGAUCCAGCAAAACCUGACAUGGCUCACAAGCAGGGUCAUAUCUUUGAUCUUCAUCGUCGGACUGGUGAUAUCAAGAAGACUCUUGAUGAGAUCAAGGGUCACCUGGUCUGGAUGCCUCUAGACUUCCUGAAGGACGCUGAAAUGGCCGAGAAGGGUCUGCAAGUCAAUGCAUACACCGAAAGUAUCUACACGUAA